CGAUGCGCCGUGUGGUCGUGUCGCACAUAGCGCUCACUAAAUAUCAAGUUCGAAAUUCUUUUACGAAAGUAUGUAAAGUUUUAAAACAAAAACUUGUGUACAAAUAUCGCGAAGUUCGUGCCGGUUAGUGCGUUUAUAAGUAAAAACGACACAAAUAAGUAGUUUUAAGUUAUUGAAACUUAAUAGGCUUACUCGUUAUACCUGCAUGCUUCGUCCCACGUCUCGUGCGAAGCGGUUACCUUUAUUGGAUAAACGAACAUUUUUCAAAUGGAUGUGUUUUUGUAUUAUGUGAUAGUGUGCGUGAUAUGUGUAAAUAAAGGACUUCAUGAGUGCAUUGCUAAGUCUGUGUCCAGGUAUUUACUCUAGUGACGUGCCUAAAAUUGUCAAGUUAAGAAAAUGUCUUUCUGCGGAAGAGAGAGGGGAAUGUUCGUUGCGCUGUUGGUCGGCUCGCUGGCAUUGGCGUCAGCUCAGUACACUAAAGUCAGAGACCACCCUUCACAUCACGUCACACGGUUGCGACACUCGAGGCACUUGGAUGGGUACCUACCAAUACACACUUCAGCCUUUAUACCGGCCACGUCACCGAAGCUCGCAGUCAAAGACAAUCAUAAGCCGUUGUUCACGGAAUGUCUGAACUACAAACCGACAGUUAAAGAGGAGCAACCGAUUGGUACUUAUGUAUUUACGGUCCAUGCAGAAGAUAGAGACCCGCCCGAAAUGGGUGGCACUGUAACUUACAAAUUUGUCUCGACGCCUGGUGAAAAAGAAAGAUUUCAUGUCGACCCCGAAACUGGAAGAAUCACGACUGCAGAUAUUUUUGAUCACGACGAGCCAUCGCGUGAGAAAGAAGCCUACAUCACUGUUCGUGCCAGUGACAAUGGACAACCUCAACUGGAUGAUGCUUGUACCAUUAAAAUCCUCAUCGAAGACAUCAAUGAUAAUCAGCCGGUCUUCGACAAAGUCUCGUACUCGGAAUCAGUACCUCAAGAUUUGCCAAGCGGCCGGGAAGUAAUGAGGAUUUCGGCCACGGACAUCGACGAUGGAAACAACUCCAUCGUUCGAUACAGUUUGGAUUCCAAUUCGCCAGAUCAGGCGUAUUUUUACAUUGAUCCAGAUAACGGAGUUAUAUUUUUAAACAAAAGUAUAGAUAAACCGCCCGGUUACAAAUUUAAAUUGAGCGCGAUAGUAAAGGACCAGGGUGAUGAGCCUCAACAAAGUUCGAUUACUUUAGACAUCCAAGUCGUGGAGUCUAACAAGAAAAGCCCGUCCUUCAUAGAAGUUCCUGAUGAACCGAUCAGAUUAAAAGAAAAUUACGCAGACUUCAAUACACCCAUAGCUACCGUGAGGGCCGUAUCAAAUAUACUGGAAGAGAAAAAACUUCAGUUUGAACUUGUUAUGGGUCAAACAGAGCAAACUAACAAGUGGCAUACCUUCGUACUGGAGCCGGAAGCUGACUCAGCGUAUAUUAAACUCGGAAAUCAUCUGGAUUAUGAGAAAAUUACGGACUACACGUUAACUGUAAGAAUACAGAACAACUACAAAUUGGCUGCAGAGACUAUCAUACAAAUAGAAGUUGAAGAUGUAAAUGACAACAUUCCUAUAUUCAGUGAAAUACGGUCUGGUAGCGUACUAGAAAACGAACCACCAGGUACGCCGGUGAUGCAAGUUCGUGCGUUCGAUGCUGACGGUACAUCAGCCAACAAUCAAAUAACAUAUGAACUAGGUGACGCCUCAGACCCCUUCGCUAUCGAUAGCAUUACCGGUAAUAUUACAACACUGAAAAACUUUGAUAGAGAAGAGAGAAGUUUCUAUAAUAUUAAAAUAAUAGCCACUGAUAAUUCUGAAUCCGCUCUAAUUCCGGGAAAACAUAAUGCUGGUCAGCAAGUGUUCCUUAUAGAGAUAGCUGAUAAAAACGAUAAUCCACCGCAUUUCACUCAAGACACGUACGUGGCGGAAUCUAUAGCCGAGAAUGCUAACAUUAAUGAGCUCGUCACGCAAGUUACCGCUUUGGAUAUCGAUACGGCUUCCGUCGUUACGUACAGCAUAGUAUCUGGGAACACAUACGACGCGUUUGUCAUACGUAAUUUCACCGGUGAAAUUCGUGUUAACAACGAACUCGACUACGAGAAUAUAACCAGUUAUAGCCUCGAUGUUAGGGCGUUUGAUGGCCUUUAUGAAGACUAUGCAAAGGUUCUGAUCAAAAUUGAGAAUUUGAAUGACAACCCACCUGUAUUCUUGGCUAAUUAUACAAAGACUAUUGAGGAGGAGAAGUUGUAUGAAGGAUGUAUUGUUAAGGUCGAAGCAUAUGACCCAGAUCUCGACAGGAACGAACCCCAGAAUAUUGUCUAUUCUCUGGUCAAACAUGAACAAAAGGAGUUCCUUCAAAUAGACAAUGAUGGAUGUCUUCGCCUGACCAAACCAUUAGACAGGGACCAACCUACCGGCUUCACUCGAUGGCAGAUCCUAAUCAUGGCCGCUGAUCAUGGCGGAAGACUUGGUUCUGACAGCCUACGGUCCACUACUGAAGUUAUAUUGGAGCUAACUGAUAUCAACGAUAACGCACCGUUUCUUACCAAUACGCAACCUGUGAUAUGGUAUGAAAAUGAGCCUCCCGGUCAGGUGGUUAUUCUCAGUGCAAAGGACUACGAUUCAACUGAGAAUGGACCACCAUUCACCUUCGCACUCAACGAAUCAGCUAGCUUCGAUAUUCGCUCCAAGUUCCAUAUACAAGGCAACAUUCUGUCUACAUUGGUAUCUUUCGAUCGCGAGCAACGAAAGGAGUACAAAAUUCCUGUAGCAAUCACAGAUUCUGGGACACCCAGAUUAACCGGGGUGUCGAUUUUACACGUUGUAAUUGGUGACAGGAACGACAACCCAAUGUCUUCUGGCGAAAGCAACAUCUUCGUUUACAAUUACAAGGGUGAAGCGCCGGAUACGGAAAUCGGAAGGGUGUUCGUAAACGAUCCGGACGAUUGGGACCUUCCGGACAAGCGGUUUAUGUGGCUACCGUCAUAUGAGCAGAGAAGCCCGUACUUCGACGUGCAUAGUAAUACCGGGAUGAUAACUAUGAAGCAGGGAACGCCGAAUGGAACGUAUCUUCUACACUUUAACGUGACAGAAGAAAAUGAACCAUUAGUACCGUUCCAUUGGGUGGAAGCUACAGUGAAUGUGACCAUCAAGGAGAUCCCAGAAGAGGCAGUGGACAAAUCUGGUUCCAUCCGGUUCAUAAAUAUAACCGCUGAAGAGUUUAUUAUUCCUGAAGCCGAUGGUACCAGCAAGAAGGACAAAUUGCACCGUCGCCUCGCACAGUUGUACAACAAGUCGCUCGAUAACGUUGACGUUUUCACCGUAUUCAGCAAGAUGACAGUUAAAGACGAAUUCUUGGAUGUACGGUUUUCUGUUCAUGGAUCCCCGUAUUUCGAGCCUGAGAAAUUAGAUAGCAUGGUCAUUGGGAUACAAGAUAAGCUGGAAGAAGAGCUCCAAGCAAAGAUCUAUAUGGUGAAAAUAGAUGAAUGUCUAAUUGAGAAAGAGCAAUGUGAAGACGCGUGUCGGAAUGUCUUGACCAAGAAUAAUGUGCCGCUUUCUGUCUACACCAACACCACGAGCUUUGUAGGAGUAUCAGCAAGAGUGGAGUCAGAGUGUACCUGUGACGUUGAAGAGCCACUCGUUUGCUUGAAUGGAGGUACACCAUUCGCUGACAAAUGCGAAUGCCCCGAAGGGUGGAAUGGUCCUCAUUGUGAGCAAACGUCUAUUGCCUUCCAUGGCAACGGCUGGGCAAUGUACCCAUCACCGCCAGCGUGUCACGAAGGCCACGUGACCUUGACUGUGACGUCACACUCUAGUAACAGUUUGAUCUUCUACCUGGGACCGCUGAGACGUAACCUACUUUUAGAUGUGCAAGACUUCAUGUCGUUGGAGCUUGUCGACGGAUAUCCAAUCUUACUUGUCGACUACGGUUCCGGUACUACUAAACUAAACAACAGCGUGGUGCACGUGGCAGAUGGCAAGCCGCAUUUAAUAGAAAUAGUUCUAAUGAAGAGCUCCAUUGAAAUGUUUGUGGAUAGAUGCAAAUUAUCGACGUGUAUGAGUCUGGCGGCACCGAUUGCGCCGAGGCAAAUUUUGAACGUGAAUGGUCCGCUGCAGCUAGGUGGCGCUAGUAUCGACCUGCAAGACCUAGCUCGCUCGUUCGGUUGGCAGCACGUACCAACGAACCAACACUUUAUGGGCUGCAUCAGUAAUUUUACGUACAACGAUUUUAUGUACAACCUGGGCAGACCAUCAGUAGAGGUGAAUGCAGACCCUGGAUGCCAGAAGAGCGUAUUCACUGCUGUCACGUUUGGAAUCGACACCAAUUUCCUCGUUGCUAUACUUGUGUGCAUAGCCAUAUUAGUCAUUCUUCUCCUGGCGGUGGUAGUCCACAGACGUCGAGCUGAUGCAUGGGCAGAAAAAGAACUAGAUGAUAUAAGAGAGAACAUAAUAGCAUAUGAGGAUGAAGGUGGUGGUGAAGGAGACGCAGGAUAUGACCUGCAUGUGCUUCGGCAGAUGUACGAUGGUCCACCUCCAGAUACCGAUGUGGCCUUUUUACAGGCGCCUGGUAUGGUAGGCGCAGCGCCGGAUAUUUCCGGCUUCCUAGACGACAAGAAAUCCGUCCUAGACCGCGACCCCGAGAUCACUCCCUAUGAUGACGUCAGGCAUUACGCGUACGAAGGAGAUGGCAACACUAGCGGCUCUCUCUCAUCAUUGGCUAGCUGUACCGAUGAUGAAGACCUAAAGUUCAACUAUCUAUCAACAUUCGGGCCGCGGUUCCGCAAACUAGCAGAUAUGUAUGGUGAUUCGGAUGACGAGAGAGCGCCCCAUGAGGAGUCCUGGUGCUAGCAUAACGCUUGGCUCGUGUAGCCACACCAAGUCACCUUUGUAUAGGCGUUCUUGACUAUCUGGGUUUUUGGUCAGUGUGUUGUGAGUGACCCCACCGUAAGUGACUUUGUGAUUACGCAUUGUGGCGUUUAGUGCUUAAUGAAGACGCGGGUAGAAUUGUAAUGUCCAAUGUUUUGGACAAAAUACUUUCUGUAUUUUUCUUUAUUGUAUUUAACGAGUAUCUACUGCUCUCUAAGGUUUUUAUGAAUUAAAAAAUCUAUUUAAAAGCUGAUGUACAUAAUACCUGGAGAACCCAAUAAAACACAAAACGAUUUCAUUCUUGCGAAUUUAAUUUAUGCAGGUAGUGCAGUAUCUACCCGCCUCUAUGUCAAUCGCUUGUUAUUACAAUGAACAUAUUUUCUAAGAUGGCGAAAAUUCCUAGUGAAUUAGAACAAUUUAAAACGAAAUGUGUAAAAUAGUUAGCAUUUUUCGAUGUUAAUAUGUUUUAAGAAUUGACUGAUUUGUAACGUUGUUUAGGCAUCGUUGUAGAAAUGCCUAAAUUACUUCUUGUAUGUAAUUUUAUAAAUAACACUUAAGGAAAAUACUUAUAAUCUAAAUUAAGUAAGAUUACUGCAUUUUUUGUAUGGUUGUAAAUUAUUCGAAAAACGUAGUUUUCAUAGUAUUAUUAAGUGACAUUUAUGACAGCAAUUAUAGUUAAAUUUAAGUGCCAUUGAUUUCAAUUCUAUAUAAUAUUUUGUUUGCAAAGAAGUUGCCAGCGAAAAAAAAUGGUGAUAUAUCCCGCCCAUUUUCGAUUUUGUUUUAUACUUUAGUUUUUAAGUUUUUUUUUUUUACUUUUUGAUGUCGAUUGGUUUAGUUAGCUAUCCAGCGUUUAUGUUGUAACGAUAUCGUCCAAUUAUUAAUAUGGUGCAUUCGAAAUAAAUGUUUAAAAUUAAAAGUUUAGUUUCUUGUCGAAAACCUUUUCGUGUUAAAAUUAAUGAACGGUAACAAUUAAUGCAAGUUAGACCUAUGUAAAUAUGUAAAUUAAAUCCUUAUUCAUACGUAUGCAUAAGUAAUUUUUAUAUGACUACAAUACAGGUAUCCCAAGAUCAUUGCUAAAAUGUAAAUAAUCUAAUUGUUAUUACAUAAAAAAUUACGCUAUCAUUAAUGAAGUAGAGAACCUUUUUUUAUAACUGUCUAAAUAACAGUAGGGCGAUUGUGUAAACUAGCUAAAUUUAAACAAUGGAAAACAAGAACUCAUUUAUUCCACUUCUAUAGUUUGUAGAACAGGCUUUAUAGUUCCGAUGGAUAAGGUGACUUUUCGAUUUCCUAAUACAGUUUCUUAGUUCAUCACUGUCAUUUGUUUUUAUUACUUGCAUUGGACUUGGGACACCAUGUAAGAGGCGAUUAUACAAGGUGUCUUAUAAUUAUGCAUAUCAACGAAGUGUUAUAUUCACUAGUAUAACUUCUACAUCUCUUGGUGUCUAGGAUCUAUCCAUUAUAACAUUCCUAAAAUAUAAUGCUUUACCGAAUUCCAUAAAUGUCAUUAGUUUAGUAUUAAGUACUGUCAAUCUUAGACAGAUCUCAAAACAAAAAGGCAGCUUGAUAGUGUUUCUAGAACACACGAUUCGAAGUAAAUAGAACCGAUUCUGAAUUUCUUCUAUGUUGACAAUUGUGUUCACAUUUUUGCAUAUUUUUAGAUAUAAACAAAUCACUAUUAUACUAUGUAUUUUGUGUCGUUCUUUUUAACAUCUCAAAACAAGUUUUAUUAAGUUGCGUAAAACCCGUAAAGUGAAUACGUAUACGUGUACGUACGUAUAGUUUAAUGAAAAAUCUUUCAAAUCCUUUUGCAAUAUUGGUAGAGUGGCCAAGCAGCGAAAUCGUAGCAUAUUUUGUGGCGGCGUUUUAUUGUUUAUCUGUACAACGUGACUUAUUUCUAUGGAUUCCAAAUCCAAUCGUUUACUAAAAUUUUCUGUAAUUAAAUUUUUGGAUCAUGCCUUUCCCUCAUCAAUAUUUUUGAUUUAUUGUGUCCACAAAGACUAAAAUAGCUAUCAAAAUAAAUAGUUAAGCGAAACACUUAAGAGCUUCUAAAGUCUAGCUAAGUUAUAGAAUUAGUUUUUAAUUUUUUAUGUUAUUACUAUGGUUUGUCAAAAGUCCUAAGCGACCUCAGUAGCAAUAUUUUAUAAAAAUAUUGACGGCCCGGUUCCCGCUUAUUUUGACAUUGACAGUUCGAUGUAUCUUUAGUGAAAACGAUCUCGUAUUGUCAAGUUAAAUACCAUAACGUAGUUUUAUUUUCUAAUUAGUGCUUUUUUUAAUGUAUCCAUUAUUUUGCGUACAAAUAGUUUGUAAUAUUAAUAUAGCUGUAAGAAAUGUUUCUAAUUCCUACAUUCCAAAACCAAGUUCAAUGUUGAUGUAUUUUAAUAUAAUCGGAGCAAUUAUUCGUACUUAGAAAUUUGAGGGGUCAUCCAAUAUGUAUAUAUGAUCACCACUGAUUGUGAUUAAAACCACUGCCAUGAAAUUUUUUAAGGUAAUACAAAGUUAUGGUCUUGUAUUAAAACCUGAAUAACAGAAUGGUUAAAAUUUAAUUUAAAACUGUUUUUUUCUCAUUUAAGUGAGUCGUUUUCUUUUUCAAAGUCAAAAUAGGGUUCAUUUAUGCUGCAUAUUUUAGUACUGCGCGUGGCCGACAGAGGCGCUGUCACGUUUCCCCUACAAAUAUUACUACUAUAUUAGUACUAUAUAUUGCCUUAUUUAUCACAGUAUUAAGCGUUUAAUACAAUCGAUAUUCACAUGUUAUCACAUGAAUGUCAUUAAUGUGGUACACUUUUUUUCUCAGUAAUAUUUUUUUAGUAUGAGACCAUGCUGUUAAAUUUGUUCUAAGUGACAAAUGUACCUAGUGUGUUUUUAGGUAUAAACGAUGUGCAUAUUGAUGUAUUGUCUGUGGAACAUUUAUAUUAAAUAAUUGCAGUAAUUUGUAAAUAAUUAUUGCGCAUGCGGUGUUGUCUCUGGUUAUACGAUUAUUUUUCACUAUAAUUGACCUGUAUAAACUAUACGGGUUAUGAUUAAACCCCAUGUUUUGUUUACGUAAAUAGGCAACGAACAAAAUUAUAAAUUUAUAAUAGACAGCUGUAAAUUUUCUACAGAUAUAGGGUAAUUCUCAAUUCAAACCUGAAUUAUAUCAAUUUGUAUAGGAGAUUAAGCAUUUUCUUUACGAAGCAUUGUUACAUUUCAAAGCUUGCAGAGUCGAAUUUGCUAGCAUUUGAUCCUCAUAAAUAUUCACAUUGUACAUCUUGCUUUGUAUGUUGAAGCUACUGAGGAAAGGUCAAGAUGCUACUCGGGUCUUUGAGAUUGAUAUUAUAGUGCAAAAUUACGAAUUCUCGUUUAUUUUAUUCAAUAACGUUCGUAUAUUUUAUUUGAUCAACAUUGAAUUAUUAAUUAAUUUUUAAUUUCGUGCAACGCGGUUACACAGAAUAUGUCCCAUAGAUAAGUUUGUUCUCCACGAUUAUUGUUUUUUGUUACAAAAUAAAAAAGUAUUAUAAAUUCACACACACAAUAAUUCGUAUAAUCAGAAGCAAAAGAUGAUGGGUUCGAAUGUGUGAAAAAGAAUGUAAAGGAAUGUAUUUUAUGCGUAGGCUAAAACAGAAGAGUCCGACUGAAGAUUGUCAUAUUAUAUUAAUUAGUUAAGGACCUAUAAUUUUUAAAUUGUUUAUAUAGAAAUAAAAAUGUUCAAUUCAGCAUUGAAAUAAAGUGAUGCUAUUGAGAA